GAUCAACGACGGAACCUCAGCUGGAAUUUCGCGUGGAAAAAUCGUAAGCAGCAAUGAAUAGAAUGAACAGAACACUUCGUCCAUGCAUGGAAAAGCCCUAGGGUGCACAUCAUGCCCUGUUCACCACAUGGGUACAGGUUAUUUUAAAUUACGCCUUAGGAGGCGGAAAGACAAAGGACCAUGGAAAUCUAAGAGUUAUUUAUGAUUGUAAGGAGACCACAACUUGCUACCGUUGCAAUCUUAAUUUGUAUGCGUGAAGGAUGGGUAGUUUAGGUGCCCUCUGUACUAUCCUCCUCUUCUUCUUGUCGGAUAUUGGAGCUAGCAAAGAUGAUUGUCCAUCCUCCAGAUGCAGUCUGGACGGCCCCGAGAUCAGAUUCCCAUUUCGGAGAAGCGACUACCCAGAGCACUGUGGCUAUCCAGGAUUCGAGCUGGCCUGCCGGGGUAAUGAAACUGUGAUCAAGCUUCCAUCAUCCGGAGAUUUUCCUAUAGCAUUCAUCGAUUAUGCCACACAGAUAAUCCGUCUUGAAUCAAAACUCUGCCCUGCAUCCAUUGUCUGGAACCUUGAUGUUUCCAACUCGCCUUUCCACUACUACGAUUUUGACAUGGCAGACGAACAUGAAAAUUACACACUCCUCAACUGUUCAACAGCCAAUUCAGUUGCAGCAACCGACACACCUAACUAUAACAUCGGAUAUUAUGAAGAAAUCCAAUGCCUAGGUGCAUCUGAUAAUCAAAUCAUCGCCAUGCCAUCAUAUCGGGACUUGGCUGAUGUACCAAAAUAUUGCACACCAAUAAAGACCAUUCGGGUGACAUCGCAGCUUUUUUCCAUGCUAGAGGAAUAUGAUUUCAUUCUACUAACGUGGGAGAGUCCUCGUUGCGCCGACUGUGAAAUUGAAGGAGGAACUUGUCAACCCCACAAUUCUACUAGUCAUGAAAUUAUGUGUUCAUACCAACCUCAACGCAAUCUUCCACCGGAUCACCAUGGAGGUGGAUGCGAGAAGUGUUUGAUUUUAGGUGCAAUCCUGGGCACCUUGGUUCUUUUGGUGACAACGGCAAUCGCAAUAAAGGUACGCCACUCUUGGUUGCUAAAAAGAAAGAAGGAAAAGGAGAAUCAACUAAAGGUUGAAAAGUUCUUGGAAGAUUAUAAAGCUCUUAAACCCAUGAGAUAUUCUUAUGCUGAUAUCAAGAAGAUGACCAAUCAAUUCAAAACUAAAUUAGGUGAGGGUGGUUAUGGCAGUGUAUUCAAAGGAUUUCUUCCUAAUGGAGUGCCCAUUGCUGUGAAGAUACUCGUGAGAUCUAUGGGCAGUAAUGGUGAAGAUUUUGUAAAUGAAGUAUGCACCAUUGGCAGGAUUCACCACAUCAAUGUCGUGCGUCUUCUAGGAUUCUGUGCUGAUGGAUUCAAACGUGCUCUUAUCUAUGAAUUCAUGCCAAAUGAAUCGCUGGCAAAGUUCAUUUUCUCAGUUGAUGGUAGAAAUACGGUGCUAGGCUGGGACAAGCUUCAUAACAUUGCCAUUGGCAUAGCCAGAGGAAUUGAAUAUCUUCAUCAGGGAUGUGACCAACGUAUCCUCCAUUUUGAUAUUAAGCCCCAUAAUAUCUUGUUGGACAAUAAUUUUUGUCCAAAGAUUUCAGAUUUUGGGCUUGCAAAGUUGUGUUCAAAAGAAAAAAGCAUAGUGUCAAUGACAGGUGCCAGAGGGACAGCAGGUUACAUUGCACCAGAAGUGUGCUCUAGGAACUUUGGAAAUGUUUCAUACAAAUCAGAUGUUUAUAGUUUUGGAAUGCUAUUGCUGGAAAUGGUGGGUGGGAGGAAGAACAUGGAUGCUACUGUGGAAAACACCAGCCAAGUGUACUUCCCAGAAUGGAUCUACAAUCGUUUGUCUCAGGAGGAGCUUGGCCUCCACAUUAUUGAAGAGAAAGACGCAUCUAUUGCAAGAAAGCUGACUAUUGUGGCACUUUGGUGCAUACAAUGGUACCCAGUGGAUCGCCCCUCAAUGACAAGUGUUGUGCAGAUGUUAGAGGGAAGCAUGGAGAACUUGGUAAUGCCUCCCAAUCCUUUCACUUCUGCGGGUCCACCAAACACUUCUGUAGCUUUGUUUGACAGGCGUGUUAACACAAAUUUAACAACCAUCCCUGAACCAUACUCGGAGCAAGAAGUUGAUGUUUGUUAGUGUUGCUGUUACUUUUGUCAAUAAGUGAUGCAAGUGAAAUUGUCAAAAGCAUGCUUGCUUAUGUUUCCGUAUCAGUGUGAUGAAUAAUAAGUAUUCAGUUGUGGGAUUGAUGCUGUAAUUCUUGGUUCGAGGCCUGCAUUACAGGCAUAGAUUACUUUUGUUAUUAUUGUGGUGAUAGUUUAGUACCAA